AUGGUUAACCCCAUUGCCCCACCCCAACCAGCACCUAGAAAUACAGUGCCCAAUUUACAUAAAAUAAUUAAAUCAUGGGAACUAAAAUAUCCUGGGAAACUAGAUGCUGAUGCAUUCUUAGACGAAUUCGAACGGAAACUAGCCGCAUCCGCGAUCAAUCCCGAUGACGCGCUAACUACGUUACCGCAAGCUUUCUCAGAAACCGCGUACACUUGGUUCGCGACAUUCCGAACAACCUGGCAAACCUGGGCUGAAUUCUCAGCCAAAUUCAGAAAAACGUUCGGCGAUGCAAACGACGUCCAACAAAUUAAUAAUAAAAUCCAACGCGCGAUCCAACAAGAAAACGAAACCGGAAUAGAAUUCGUCAUUAGAAUAAGUGCUCUGUACAAUAAAUUACAAGAAAAAGUACUAGAGAAAAAUCAAUUAGAUAAAAUUUAUUCGGCCCUCCACUCGGAAUUAAUUUUACAAUUCGACCGCGAGAGCUUCUCUUCAUAUGAAGAAGAAUAUUAUUUUACAAAAUAUGGUUUUCCCGGUGUUGUAGGUGCCAUUGACGGAAGUCACAUUAAAAUUGACAAACCCGCUGAAGAUAAAGACUCGUAUAUUAAUCGAAAACAAUAUUUUUCGAUUCAAAUGCAAGGGGUUGUAGAUGAAAACAAGAAAAUUAUUGACAUUUGUGUUGGAUAUCCUGGAUCGGUUCAUGAUGCUAGAGUGUUGAGAGAGUCGACAAUAAGUACUAAACUUCGUGACACUUGCGGUGAUAAUGGUUACUUGCUGGGUGAUACUGCGUAUCUUUGCUUGAAUCAUCUAAUGGUUCCAUACAAAGAUCGAGGAAAUAUAACAAGAGCUCAAAUAAAAUUUAAUCAGAAAUUAAGCCAAUGUCGUGUCGUGGUCGAAAAUGCAUUUGGUUGUUUAAAACAAAGAUUUCGUCUGUUGUAUCACAUGAAAGUAAGAAAUAUUGUUCGUUUAGUUCAAAUUGUUGUUGCUUGUUGUGUUUUACACAAUUUGGCAAACGCAAAUGACUUGCAACUGUUUGAACCUCCCAUUAAUGAUGCCUAUCCAGAAGAUGAAGUGAACAUUUUGCCAAAUGUCAACAUCGACGAAGUUAUUCUUGAUGAUAGCGAAGAGGGAAAAGCUCCUCGCGAUGAAUUAUGCCGCCAAUUUGUUAUACAAAAUUAA